CGCGUCAACUACGUCAAGACGUAUACAUUUGUAGUGCAGUGUAUGUGUAAUCUUUCAUCGAUUCGGCAGUGAGGAAGUGUUAUUUGUGUGUUCUGUGUCGAAUAAAUUAUUUUUUACAAUUUGAUUUUCUUUUAAUUUUCAUAUGUUUGUACAAAUCGAGAAACAAUCAAACAUCGAUUGAAUUUGAACGUUGAUCGACGGAUUGCGGAGGAAAACUAUAAAACAAUAUUGUGUUUCAUUUCAUGUGUGAUUUGAUCAAACAAAAAUUCAUAACGAACGACAACGCUUUCAGAUUUAAGCAACAACGUUACGGGCAGCAAAAGCAGCAGCAGCAGCAGCAAGUAAUAAAUCCAUACAGCCGAUUCUGAAAGUUUCGAUAGUGAUAUCUGGUUUCGAGACAUCACGUACAUACCAUAUACGUAAUAAAGAGCUGUACUGUUCGAAUUUAAAAGAAAUUUACUAGAAUAACAAACGCUGCUUUUGGAUGCUGCUCGUGGCCACAUAACAGUCGAAUUGGUUGAUAUAUUGACAAAAAAAAAAUUUGUGCAAACGAUCUUUCGGCAGACGACACACACACAUACAUACAUCGAGACAACGUGUGGGACAAGAAUCACUACGAUGAAUUGCUAAUUUAAUGUUAACAAUUAACGCUAUUAUUGAGGGGAUACGUUGGGAAUAGACGAAAAAGGAAAACUUUAGGCGCGAAGAAGACACAAAACCAUACGCCGACACAUACAAGAUAUAUCAUUUAGACCAUUUCAAAUAGCACAAUAACAGAGCAAUACUCUUGACCAUUUGAGGUAAUUUAUGUGAAACGUGAAGACGCAUCGUAAUCGAAUUACUGUAAAACAGGUGAACUUAUAUCUAUUUAUAUUCGGGACGGAACCACUGAUUAAAUACCAAAGCGAGCAAAAUGAACGAGUUAGACAGUUUACGACAAGAAGCCGAAACACUAAAGAAUGCCAUUCGCGAUGCCCGAAAGGCCGCAUGUGACACAAGCUUAGUACAGGCCACUAAUAAUUUGGAACCUAUCGGCCGCAUUCAAAUGCGCACGAGACGCACACUACGCGGACAUUUAGCUAAAAUUUAUGCUAUGCACUGGGGCAGCGAUUCAAGAAAUUUAGUAUCAGCUUCUCAAGAUGGAAAAUUAAUCGUUUGGGAUUCACAUACCACAAACAAGGUGCAUGCAAUUCCGUUGCGUUCAUCAUGGGUUAUGACUUGUGCGUACGCUCCAUCUGGCAGUUACGUAGCUUGUGGUGGCCUCGACAAUAUAUGUUCAAUUUAUAGUUUAAAAACCCGUGAAGGUAAUGUGCGAGUUUCACGUGAAUUACCUGGGCACACAGGCUAUCUCUCAUGUUGUCGAUUCUUGGACGAUAAUCAGAUAGUAACAAGUUCCGGUGACAUGUCCUGCGGUUUAUGGGACAUUGAAACUGGUCAACAAGUGACAUCAUUCAUGGGACACACUGGAGAUGUGAUGGCAUUAUCAUUAUCACCACAUUGUAAAGCAUUUGUUUCAGGGGCAUGUGACGCAUCAGCCAAAUUAUGGGACAUUCGAGAAGGUCAAUGUAAACAAACUUUCCCAGGACAUGAAAGCGAUAUUAAUGCAGUAACGUUUUUCCCGAACGGUUUCGCCUUUGCAACUGGAUCCGAUGAUGCAACUUGUCGUCUAUUUGAUAUUCGAGCUGAUCAAGAAUUGGCUAUGUAUUCACAUGAUAAUAUUAUUUGCGGUAUUACAUCGGUAGCAUUUUCGAAAAGUGGUCGACUUUUAUUGGCCGGCUACGAUGACUUUAACUGUAAUGUUUGGGAUACUAUGAAAGCAGAACGUGCAGGCAUUUUAGCUGGUCAUGAUAAUCGUGUAUCCUGUCUGGGAGUUACUGAGAAUGGAAUGGCAGUAGCGACAGGAUCAUGGGACUCAUUCUUGCGAGUGUGGAACUAAGUCUAAUCGAGAAAAGUCGCUGCAUUUAUCAGCACAGAAAAGAAGAUGGAAUGAGAAAAAAAAAUAUAAAAAACACAAACAAAAAUACACAAACACAAAAACAUAUUGAGAAAAAAAUGCAAGAAAAUUCUAUACAUAUUAAAUUUAAUUUAAACUCUAAGAAAUUGAAUGAUAAGAAAAAAAAAACAAACCAAUUCAGAAAUAUUAUGUUCAUAACGUUUAAAGAAGAAGAAAAAAACACACACACACACACAAACAAUUGGUAUAUAACAAUGAUAUAUCUGUAUGGAACAGAAAAACAACAAAAAAAUAUAAGCAGAAACUACAAAAAGAGAAAUGUUUAUACAAACAGUUAACUGAUAGCGCCAACAAAACGAAAAUCAAAAUCAAUCUAUGAGAUUGAUAAUUUACCGCGAUGAUGGAAAAACCAAUGAACGAGAUGGAGUUGAAAUGAGCACUUUUAAAAACAUGCAUUUGAUUGUCGUUCGGUAAUGGUCGUUUUUACCGGGCCGCAUCAAGCCAAUACAAUUUGGAUCAAAAUGAUUUAAAAAAAACCCGAACGAAGAAACAAAAUGAGUGUUUCGAAUAUAUUUGAAAUGAAAAAAAAAAUUUAGAUUUUAAGUCAUUUUGUGGCAUACGAGCAAACGCAAUGCUUGAUUGCACGUAUUUUCGGUAUUUAAUUUUCGAGUGUCACAACAAAAUGAUCCAAUCUCUAAAAUUUAAUCUAUUUCACAGAAAUGAAUGCAAUUGUUUAGCAAAAAUAAACAAAAGUUUAGAUCUCGAAGGCAAAAUAUCUCUCGAAUUGUUUUCUCAGUAUGCUUGUUGCGAUUGCACGCAACAACAGAAGCAGCAACAGCAAAAAUAAAGAGCAUCCGAAUGCAGGUGUGUGUGUAGCGAAGUUUAAUGACUACUCUCCGAUGCCCAUUCUCGUUGCUUACAUUUUGCCUUUCCAAGUCACCAAAAAAAAAAGUUAUUUUGUGCAUAUUUCUCUCUAUCUCAGGGUCACAAUCAGGGCAUAUGUUUUCAUAAUUUAAUUUCAAACGCAUACACAUCUAUACAUUCAAAAGAAUUAAACAAACACUCUCUCAUUGGUCGGAAUGUCUAGCAGAUUCAUUUCAUCAUUCCAUCAGCGCGGUAUAUUAAACAUACAGAUAUAUAAUUUAAUACAAAAAGAAAAGAUACAGUUUUCAAAGAGAAAAACAUUAUAGUUGAUUUGAAGAAGAAAGAAAGAUAGAUUAAAAAAAAAAAACGUUUUUUUUUCUUCGCGUAAAUUUCGGCAUAAGUUCAUGUUAUGCCUCAAUUUUGGUGCGUUUUUGUUUUGUUUUAUGACGUUAUUCUAAAAGCAAAAAAAAAGAAUCAAUUUUGAGGAUCGCUGUUGGUUGAACUGUGCGUUUUCUAUAAUCAUUGUUUGCUAUUUAACAAAAAAAAAAACUUUUUCAAAAUAUUUAUGAUCAUUAUAUGUGUCAUCUUAAUUUAUUUGAAUUAAGGAAGUGUAAAGUUAAAAGAUGAAAAAAAAUACAACCAAUUCAAAAUCACUUAACCAAGUCACAUACACACAAGCAAAUAAUCGCUUCAUUCGUUAUUCACCGAAUUCUCACGCAACAAAUUAAAUUGAAAAUGUGAAAACAAAAUAUGUUUCUUGCAACCCAAAAAAAGAGAACAAGAAAGAAAAUAUAUGCAAACGCACACACUGACUAAAAAAGUGAAAUACUAAAGCCAUGAGAGAAUCGCAGAAAAUAUUGUUUUUGCAUCAAAAUAGAUUUGCUAAUUUUUCUUACAUUUUCUUUUCUUCUACUCUGUUUCAUUUUCAACGUAAAUUUGUCGAGCACUUUUCUUUUUGAGAUGCUUUCAUUAUUCAAUGUUAAUAAUUAUAUGUUUGAUGUUUAUUUUUAUUUUUUUUUAGUUUAAAUUUCUUAGUCUAAAUAUUUCUUUUGUCAAGAGAAAGCAAAAGAGAGAGCAAGAGAAAGCCAGAGGGGAAGAGAAAAGAGAGAGACAGACGUACGGAGAAUACCCAUUUUUCCGCCAUUUAAAAAAACAAUUUAUUUAUUUUAUUUUAGUUUUAGUUUCAAAUUCAAUUAUAUAGCAAGUGAAAAACGAUUUGAAAAAUGUAAUUUUUAGUGGUUUUAUUCUCAAUUCGCCUACUUCACUACAUCCGUUUGUGCACGGUUUUUUGGUAUUUUUUUAAAAAAUGACUUCAUUCGUAUUUCUGAACUCUGGAAGCAACACCUGCUAAAAACGUUGUUUUUGUUGCGGUUUCAUUUUAUUCCCAUUUAUCUGAAGAAAAAAAAAAUGGAAAAAAACUUCAUCAACGGCAGGGAAUAUGCUUGAUUUAAGUUGCUUUUGAUUGUAUCGAUAACUCAAAUUGCCAGUUAUUCAAAAAUUAACAUUGUGAGGCGCUUUCUUUCAUAUAUUUUUUUUCUUUUUACAAAGAGUAAAAUACUUACAAUUUUUCUAUUGUCUCUCUAAUAAAUAUUUUGAAACAGGUGACGGUAGCUUUUAUUCACGCACAUUGAUACUCCGGAAGAUUGACAUAAAAACAAUUUACAAAUAAUAAAACGGCAAUCACAAGCAGUAACUAUUAAUAGUUGCUCCCAUCUAUUGCUAUAAAUUUCAAAAUGAGCCACAAAAUCUUAUUCAUUCAAUUAAAUCUCCUAAAUUGAAUGGGUCGACAUUUUGCUGUGUGAUAAAUAAUAAUAUUAUGAGCCAACAAAAAAACAUUCUACUUAUAUUCAGAAGGAAAAACUAAACAAACACCUGCACAGAAAGAGAAAGAGAGACAAAAUCUAUAGUAAAAUCAUUCGAUUUUGUUCGUUGAUUUCAAUGUUUAUUCGUCUUAUAUUUAUGUUGUAGUGAGUGUGUGGAUUUUUUUCACAUUUUUUUUUUAUUGAGGAAUGAAGAAUGCUUCAUAAGGUUUGAGUAGGAUCAUGCAAAACCAAAACCAACACACAAACAAACAAACAGAAAACAAUUUAAACUAUUUAAUACGAUAGACUUUAUAUACAAUCACUAAACUGCUUCAAAAGAAAAAUGAGAGAAAGGAAGCGGGGUAAAAAUGAUCGCAAGGUGUUCAUUUGCAAUGAAUUCAAUUGCAAACUAACAAAAAAAAGACCAAUAUAUUUGAAAUCAGUUGAAUUUAGUUCAUGCUUCAAAUCUCGAUUUUUUUCAAUACUAACGAUCUAGAGAAUAAAUCAUCUCAAAUCAUCUCGUCACAUCAAACAUUUACCACAACAACACACACAUACACACACACAAAAAGCGUAUAAUUCGUGAGAAACAUCUUUCAAAACAACAACAAAAAUAAAAUAGUCUCUGUUUCUUGGUCGAUAAAUGCAGCAAAUUUAUCGAAUUUGAACAAAACCAAACCAAACAAAAACAAUUCAAGUGGGACAAACGUUGCUGAUAAUAAUGAACAUGAACAAAAAAAAAACACACACACGAUUUGAAACUAGCGAUAUAUGCAAUUCGAUUCGUGUUUUUGUCGAAUGAAUUUAUGCGUAUGAGUUAUGCAGCGAUAUUGCAGGGAAUAUUCAUGGCCGAAGAUGGUUCUACAUUUUCUACAUGUUCUUCACUCCAAGCAAUUAACUCCAAAGUAUUUUGGAGGCGCGAGCUUCAUUGCUCACAGUUUAAAUCCAUUUCAAAGCACAUAUCGAGUACCAUUUAUCACUGACAAAACGCUAGGGGCACAUAUAAUUAUUCUUCGAGUAUAGCAUUUUUAGAUAAAUGAAUCCAAAAUAAAGUAAAUUAAUGGUUUACAUUUAAACAGGAACAAAAUAACAAAGCAAACAGAAGAUCAGAAUUACAACGGGGUGCAAAGUUUACAUAAACGAGGCGUGCAUUGGUCACAGUCAAAUGAAACACAUAAUGCCCAAAACGACAUAAUGGAAAUACAAACUUACACAUUAAACAUCAAAACACUUCUACUUUUUUAUGAAAAAAAAAAAAAAAAACAAACAAAACUAACAAAAAACGUGCACAUUUCGUUCAUCAAAUUAUUCGCAAAAUACGAUGGAUGUCGAAUGUCGCCUCUGUUGUGACUGAGCCUCAAUAGUUUAAAACCAACAAAAAAACAAAGAAACAAGAACUAAUGUAAUAUUGAAUAUAAAAAAAAUAAUAAUAAUUUUUAAAAAAAAUGAAAUUGAAGCAAAAGUGAAAAACGUGGAGCAUAAAUUUAGAAGAAUAAAUUAUAACAAAUUUUGUAUUUCUUAUUUAGUACUUGAAAAAAAAAAAACAUGAUGAAAAUGAAAAAGCAGCCAACAAAAUUAACAAAUAUUUAAAAAAAAUGACAAAAUGGAAAUAGAAAAUGAAUUCUAUUCAAUAAGUAGUGAAAUGUAUUUUAUAAAAUACAAAAUUACCAACAACUGAAACAAAACAUUUUUGCAUACAUUCAAACGACUUCACGAAUGUUGUUUUGACAUUUUGUACAGUCAUUUGUAAUUGCAAACAAACUAUUUACUAGUUCCACACACACACACACACAUACACAACACACAUUUAAUAAAUCCAUAAAUGAACAAAAUAAUAUUAACACUAUGUGCAAGAUAAAUAUGAAAACAAAUUUAUGAAAUUAAUCAUUUAAUCUCUCUCUGAUUACAUUUAUUACAAUCGUGUAUGUGUAACAGAGGGCAUGUGUUUUAUAUAUUUUUUUUGGUCUGGCACACAUUCAACGCAACAAUAUUCCAUAUAUUUCAGUCAUUCACUCACUUUAAUCAAACGCAUACGGUGUAGUCAAUUGUCGAGGACGACAAUUUUAUGCGUUUGAUAGUCUCACCGGUUUCUGGCCCAAAUUAUUUUUUUAUAUCCACAAACAAACAAUCAGCUAACGCUUACAUUUUAUAACCAUAUAAAUCAACCGCAAAACAACAAACUGAUAAUGUGUUUGCACAAAAACGACAAAGAUAUACAAAAAACGUUGUGAUUUGAUUGUCAUUCAUAUUUAAACAUUUUUUUUUAAAAGAAGCAAAACUCUUAUCAAAUUGCACGUGUGUAUCACAUGCAAAUAAAUGUAUGUAUAGCAUUUAAAAAAGUGAGAUGAAAAAUGUGCACUUUCUUUGAAUUCAAAUUCCAAAAUAAUUCAUGAGUACGUUUUCAUUUCGUUCAGAGGAAAAUGGAUAAAGAGAGUGAUUUUCUAUUUCAAUCGAUAUUCAAUUUUCAUUGCCAAAAAGACAUCUAAUUAGAUGGUUUUUCAUUGAGCAUUUUUCUGUCGAUGCAUUUUUCCAAUCUGAAAUAACACAAGAUUCUUUUCGCCAAGUCAUUACGGGACUGUCCCGUCAAAAAAAAAACGAUCAAUUUUUAAACAUCAAAUGAAAUCAAUUUCUUAAUUAUGGCAACAAUAACAAAAGAUUUUAUGACACAAUCAAUUUCCGUAUGCAUGUAUUUUUCACAAUUCAACAUAAACUACUCCCGAUACGGUGUUGAAAUGAAUGAAUGGCGAAAUUUAAAUGCCAAGAAAAUCGAAGCAAUCAGUUUUGAAAUGGUAACAGUCGAUAUAUACAUAUUACAUUUAUACACGAACAAGAUACCGAAAUAAUAUGGCAAGUUAUAUAGAUAAAAAAAAUAUGCAGGAAUAUAAGACACUCACACUACUAAAUAGAUUUGUGAUUCCAUUCAACAAAAAAAAAAACAAAUUGUUUUGCAUUCCAGUUGUAAAACUUGACCAAUUUCGUUUUUUUUAUAAAAAAAAGUCGUCAAAACUUGCGGCCAUCAAUCAACUGCUUCAGUAUUUUAAUUAUUGUUAUUCUAUAACAAAUAAUCUCCAUCCGAUUCUCAUUCAUUUCACAAAUUUGCACAAAAUUCUCAAAUGUCUAUAGCAGAUCAAAUAUAUAGAUAUAUCUUUUUGGGUUAGAAUCAAAUAAUGCCGAUUUUUUCAUACCGUUUUUGUCUACAGUACAAAAUAGAGUUCUUCUUCGUGAAUAACAAAAAAAUAAACUAAUCAUCCAAAACAAAAAAAUAAUAAUAGCAUUUAUAAUGUUAAGGGAAAGACGGGAAAAUCAAACCAACCAGAAAAAAAUAAUAAUAAUCAGUAAUUAUAAAAUAAUGAAGCAAGAUUAAAUUAGACAAAAUGAAAUAGGUUGUGUUCAAAAUCCAAAAAGAGAAGAAAACACAUUACUUUCGCCGAUCAGUGAACGCAUAAAAUAAAUCCUUUAUAAUUAGUUUAAGAUGAAUUCUCAAAUCAAAUUGGAUCACACACGCAAUAUAAUUCUUAUCACCAGCGAUGGUAUUUUACGAUACACAUACUCACACAAUUUUGGCCACAUGUUUUACACACAAAAUUGAACAGAUCAAUCGGACUGUAGAAAAUUUGUCUCUUUAAAAACAAAAACAAUUUUAAACGAUUUCAUCUCGUGUUUACUGUAGCGGAUAAAUCGCUUCUCUUUUUUCUUCACAUCAUUCUCCUUCGUUCGUUUUUUUUUCGUUACAUUCAUUAUAUUUUUAAAUGAUGAAAAAUCCCGCAGGCAAAUUUGUAUUCAUCGAUAAUCUCCCCUCUCCAUUUACCUCCAAAAAAAGCAAGAAAAAAUGCGAAUUUCGACGUGUCCAAGAGUUUAAACACAGCGUCUUUGAAUUCAAAAUAUAUUCAUUUCAAAACCACCCUGUAUAUAUUUAUAUAUAUAAUGAAAUAUUGAAUAACGAUACACACAAACACAACAAAAAAAACGAGUGAUAAAAAAUUAUUUUAAAAAAACAUAAAAUGAUUUUUUAAAGUCUUUUUUUUUCUCAAAUUACACGAUUGAAGAUAAAAGCAAAAACUCUUAUAAAAAAGGCAACAGUGAACUACAUUCAUUUUUCACAUCACACCACAAAAUCACUUGCAAUCAUUAUUAAAUAAAUGCAACAAAGUAAAAGAAAAAAAUUAACAAAAAAAAAAUGAAUUUUUUUAAGUGAACAUUUACACAAGAACACAAAAUUCACGCAAAGAAAAAUGAGAACAAAUUAAUAAAAACAAAAAAAAAACAUAUUUAUAAUAUAAAAAACAAAAUUAGCAUUAGUAAUUAAACUAAAGUAUAGAACGAAUUCAUCAUUUCACAAGUAUGCAGAUGAAGAAAAAAAACAAUGUUUUUGGUUUUUUUUUUUCAAGCGACUCAAAACUCCAAAACUCACUUACAUUCAAACGAAGAAGAAAAAAGAUGGAACCAGUUGCCACAAAUUGCCAUUAAUUAUUAUCCAAUAGUGUAGUAGAUGCUCUUCAACGCACACAACAAGUGAUUGAAGAAAUCUACAUCGGAUUUUUUUUGUGCGAAAUGUGUUCGAGAAAAAUGAAAAAAAAAAAAAAAAAAUAUUUUGAGCCAGCAGCCUUUGUGUCUUCUCAAAUAGUUUCAAUUUUGUCUGUUGUGAUGUGCUCAAAACACAUUUUUCUACACCAUGGAAUAUUCGUGUUCAAGUAAAAAAAAAACAGCGAAAAACAAACAAGAAUCGUUCCUGUGUUAGAUUCAGACGCACCUUCAAAAAUGAACAAUACAAAAACAACAACUACCAAUAACAUUUAAAUACACAAAUACACAACAAAACCCAAAGGACUUAAGUUUCGAUACUUCAUAAGUAGAUCAUCAAAAGUCAUCAAUUAAAAGCAAACAAAAAAAGAAACUGAUAACAAUAAAUUGACAAAAAAAAAAAACAACAUAUUGAUAACAUAGUGACCGAUUGAGCUGAGAGGGUUUGAUCGAUCGACAGUGGUACAAAUGUGCCAUAUUACAUUCGAACGUAGUUAUAUCAACGAACUAAGAUUAAAUUCUGCACAAAAGUGUGCGGUACGAAGCCAAAGGCUUCAUAACACACAAUCAACUAAACAAACAAAACAAAACUUCUAAACAACACGUUUGUGGCACUGCCGGUUCGUCCACCGCUCAGCCCAAUCAAAUGUCCAAAACGAGAAAAAUAAAUUGAUUUAAUGAAUGGUGAAACAAAAACAAAAAAAAA